GUGUGUUGUUUGGCAAGGUAAUGCGUAGAAUGCCAUCGCGCUGGAUGGAAUCAGACAUUUCGUGUCUGUAAAGCAACGCGAUCGGACUAAAAGAAUUUUCAAAGUUCUCGGCAUGGUCACUCGCAAGAGCUGCUGCAUCGAUGUAUCAUCAGCAGCGAGAAUAAUCGGAGCAUAUACGAUGGUGAGCAAGUGAUUCUUUAUCUGGUGCGUUUUUAUUUCGAAGUCCAUCUCGAUUCUAAUGAUAAACGUAUUGGUAAGCAACUUCUUCUCAAGAAAUAAGGAUGAAGAUUUUUUCGAAUCCGUCAAAACUUGGGCAAUACUAGGAUUAAAUUGGAUGCAAGUUUUCAGAUAUACAAAUCUACAGAAUAAAGUGCAAACAGCCAUGGUGUGCUUUCUAAUAUACAUCGUUUUGUUUCUGACAGCCAGUGCGUAUCUCUGCUUGGGAUUGCUUUCGAGAAGACAUAAGUACGCCGUGCCUUGGAUGUAUUUGCAAAUGAUUAGCAUAAUAGAUCAGAUCGUGGCGCUAUCUGAUCAUAUAAUACAGGAUCGACAAAAUGUUUCUUUAACCAAAUCCAUGGCAUGCAGCAUCUAUUUAAUUUUAAGCAUCUAUUUGUGGACGAUUGUGCAAGCAGCUCGAAAACAAUUGUACGAGGAGGAGCAGCAUCAUGUGGAGUGCGAAUCAAGGUUGCCAGAUCCUUUAUCAGUAUCACUCACGAAUAACAGUGGUUUGAAGUCACCGUCAUUUCUCUCACAAAAUUUUUCCAUGUUCGAAUCACCGCGAUCGCCGACGAUUCCAUCCAAUUAACAGGAAAAGUCUACGAGAAGAACUGGAUAAUUCUUAAAGGAUCUUAAUAAAAUCUCAUAAAGCUAUUAUCAAAACUUAUAAAAUUGAGCUAUUAUCAAAACUUAUAAACUUGAGGAGGAUAUUUAAAGAAACGCAUAAUGCAUAUGAAAUAGAAAAUCCAAGGGAUUUUGCUCUUGAUCGCGAAUAACGAGUGAAUACUCAUUGAUAUUAUAAUUCGAGAAAGAGAUUACACUAUUUACAUAUAGCAUGUUUUUUUUUAGAUUCCUUUUUGUAUUAUAAAUAUUGUCGAUUAAUAAAUUCAUU